AUGAUGAAGAAAUGUCAUCGUAAGUGUAAUGAUUUGCUAAUUUUUUAUAAAAAAUAAAUUAUGUUGUUUUUACAAAUAUAUUGUGGAAACUUAAGGUUUUAAGGUUUAUUGUUAAUUGUUUAUUUUACUAGGUUUAUUGUUGAUUGUUUAUUUUGCUAGGUUUAUUGUAGACUUUAUUGAUAAGCAAAAUCUAUCAGCAAUAGAUUAAAAUUAGAAUAAUACUAGAAGUCUGUAUUUUUUUGUUUCUCUUGAUUACUUCCUAAUGCCGGUAAAUUUAUGGAAGAUGGAUAUCCUUUAGAUACAGUGUAUGUUAGUAACUAUGUGUUUCAACUGACAUUAAUAAUCUUCAAUAUUCUUGAUUUAUUUAGAAUCCAGUCCAGCCAUUCAGAAAUAUCCUGAUAAGAUAGGUGCUGCUGAAGAAAUUACUUUUGAUAGUAAAAUUGAUACAGAAGAAAUUGAUUCUAAAGGAUUUAAAGUAAUUAAUCAUUCUUCACUCUUGUUAGCUUAGAAUUGCAAUUAACAUCAUCUAGUGAAUUUUUUUAUGAUUUAACACGAUAGGUAUUGAUCCUGAGUUUUGUUUAAAAAUUUUAUUAUACGUUACAGCUGUGUUUUGACAAUGUUGACACUCAUGUGGAAGUCCAUGACAUGACUGAAGAAUACCAAAAUAUUGAUACCCAUGAAUGUGCCAUAGCUUUUGUUCCAAACCGUGUAACCAACAAUGUUCUAAGUAUGGAUAGUCCACAGGGAUCAUUAAAAGAUCUUGAAAAUGCAAACCUACUAUGCAGCAGAGAGGAAUAUGACUUACACCGUGACAACCUUUUGAUAUUGGUGGAGAGAAUUAUUACUGCUGAUAUUAAAUGUCUUCAGUUUCUGAAAAAUGACAUUGUCAAACACAUCAUCCAUGCACUUUCCAGAGAAAUGGCACAAGAAGAAAUGCCACAUGGUAUGUCAAAAGUAUAAUGAGCAGUUUAUGAGAUCAAAUUGAAGUGUAUAUGGGCGCUUUCUAUUAACACAGUCAGAAUGUUGAAUGGAACACAAAAUGUACGGGCUUCUGACCUACCUCACCGGAAAAGACCAGAUCUUUACAUCGAUGUGGACACAAAGAUUCAGGUCUGACCGGUUAGGCCAUUAAAUGGAAAGCGUCCUAUGUGUAUGGAUUCAAAUACCUGAAAAAUGAUGAGUUUCAUGACCAUCUCCUGAUAAUUGGCUAAUCUGUUUAUUUAAAUGUGUUUUUACCAUUAACUUAAAAAAUCUGUUUGGCCUGCUUGAAUUACAGACCUUUCUUGAUGUGUUACCUGCAAAUGAAAAUGACAAUGAUGGAAUCAUUGACAUAAUGAAAAGUUUGCAGAAGUAUCAGGCGUUUGCAGGUGAUGACGAGCAGAGAGAGUACAAAGAACAGAUUGUCGUUGGUGAUCAACUGUCCGUGGAAAGGGGGACUAAUGCCAAAUUUCAGUUAGCUAAUGGCUUCACACCUGAACAAAGAUUUGAAAACAUGCAUUUUGAAGCUGCAGAUUUUCACUCGGAAAUGAAAUUUAUGCAGGUAUUCUAAUAUAAUGAAUUUUAGAAAUAUAUGACCUAAGGUUGCUCUCCAGUCACAGGUUUUACAUACGUGCGUAUACGCACAGAAAAGUUUAAAUCUUUUUAAAUGUUACUUAGGAAAUAACUGAAUGAAUAAAAGGAAAGCAUACAGUUUUGUGAAUGAUUCAAUGUGCAUUUGUACAGGUAAUUCAUACUAGUGUUAAAUAUAAAAAGAUUUAAACUUUUCAGUGUGUAUACGCACAUAUGAAAAACAUGUGACUCAGGCCUCGAAAUAAGUGCCGGUCACCGGUCACUGACCAGUAAAAUUUCACAGUUUGACCUGCAAAUAUCGUCGCCUGGUGGACAUGCGUGAUCGGUAAAUUUUUUAACUAUAAAAAAGUAUGUUCAAAAAUGGAGCAUAUUUUUGAUUUCCAAUUUUCCAAAGAAGUGUAUGUCCGUCUACGGUGCUGGCUAAUAAGGGUGGCGAAGUGACACAAUGUGUCAUACAGAUACGACAUACAGCAACAUUGUGCCUAAAGGGCUGCAUGUUUUCCAGUUACGCGUUUAAUUUUCACACAUGCGACGGAAAAGUUUAAAUCUUUUAAAAUUUCAUAUAAGUGCAAAUAACCUUAACAAAUACACAUUAAAUCAUACACAAAACUGAAUGCUUAUAUUUAAUAAGUAAAGCGAUUUCAACUUUUACGUGUGCUUACGCACGUAUAGUGAAAAACGCGUAACUGGAAUGCAGCCUGAAAGCGUGCUUGCAACUCAAACUACAGUUGUCAUUUGCAGUGAUUACUACUGUACUACAGCUUUGAUAAACGCCAUACUUGUACUUUGUAUACAAAUACAAUAAUAUACAAAUACAAUAAUAAUUUGUAUACAAAUACACAAUUGUUUCUAAAGUUACGAGUCACACGAAAGAUGAGGGGAAAGAAGAAGCUAAGGAGUGACAAUGACCGGCAUAAAUUGCGCUGUGACCGGUAAAUUUAGUGAUGGUCAUAAUGACCGGUAUAACGUCCAGAUUUAUUUCGAGGCCUGAUGUGACUGGAGUAGUGGAGAGCAGGCUUUACAGUAGUCAUGGCUGUUUAUCUAAUGUUGUGAUUUUACGUUUCCUUCACUUUUAGUUGUGUAUGGAUAACUUCUACAAGGCUGGCUGCAAUGAUCGAUGUAGCGACAAGGUACUUAUUAAUAGACGAAAUGUAACAACUGAAGUCAAAAAAAGAUAUGCUGCAUGUAGAAAAUUUCUUGAGGUGGAACUUGAAUCUAGGGUGUUAGCUGCUACCUUAACAGUUCUAGAUGUACAAAAUUUGGAUGAUCAACCAGACGAAGAUAUUCUUCCUAGCUCCUUAAAAAAUGGAAGUAAAACUGAUAAAAAACAAUUCCUUCACAAGCUUUCUGGAACGGUUGUUGAUAAAUUUAUAAUUAAUAAGGAGGCAGUCAUUCGAGCAGUGCAACAAAAAGUUGAUUUAGAAGAAGAACUUUCAAAAAUUGUUAAAACCGACGAUGGAAAGUUUAAAUGUCAAGAACUUUCUUGCACGAAAUUAUUUCAAUAUAAUGGAAAGCGGAAGAAGGAUCACGAACGGAAAGUACAUGGUAUUCAGCAUGCAGUCAGGUCCAUGGUUACGGAUGACCCUAUUGAUAAUGAUGACAUGUACAAUUUUCAGUGUUCAUUAUUGGAGUAUUUGAUGUUCUGGAGAAAUUUUACCGAUGCGACAUCUGAAAGAGAUGGGCCUCGAAUUGUGCGUUGCUGGAAGUUGUUCUUAUUGUAUUUAAAAGCGGACGGCGCAUCCAGUCGUAAAUAUUGCUUGGAAGGUUUAUACCUUCUUUUUCAGAUCAAAUGUCUGUUAUCACCUCGCGAAGCUUAUCGUUUGGUAUGGAAUCGCAGCGUCAAAAGAAAGACUGGUCUAGGGGGUAAUAUUCCUAUAGAUCUGGCGAUGGAACAUUACAUCCGAAUUGUUAGACUUCUCAAGAGAAAGUUAGGUCCUAAUCAGACUAACAAACAUACAUUACAAAGGUACAUGAAAGCAUUAAGUUUCACAAAGAGUUUGCUCGAAGACUUUGAUGAAUCAACCUGCAUAAUUAAGAGGUCAGGAAAACAUACGAAAAAGUCGGAUGCCACUGAUAGAACUAAAAUUGUGCAAGAGCUGAUGAAGUCGAAUGCAUUU